AUUGUGGGGCGAUCGAAUGGCUGCCUCGUAUCACGUCUGUCCGUUCUGUUUCCUUCUGUGUGUAAUUAAUUUUACUUUAUUCAUCGAUCAUCACGAGCAGUGUCUUUGAUUGAACAAGUCGAUUUUGUAACAUAUAGUAAUAAUAAUUAUAUUACCAAACCAAAUCAUAUUGAGAUGGAAAAAAGUGCCGAUGGAUUGCUGUUUUGCACUGAGAGAAAUAAUGGUGUGGAUGAAGCAACUAUGAUCACUGACGAAAGAGUGGCUAUCUUAGAUGCAGGUGCACAGUAUGGAAAAGUAAUAGACCGCAAAAUACGCGAGUUAAAUGUUCAUAGUGAAAUUCUGCCGCUCGAUACACCUGCAUUUACACUUCAAGAGAAAGGAUAUAAAGCUAUUAUAAUCUCUGGAGGUCCUAGUUCAGUAUAUGCUGAAGAUGCACCUAGAUAUGACGCAGACAUCUUCCGAAUAGGAAUCCCUGUAUUAGGUAUUUGUUAUGGAAUGCAGAUGAUGAACAAAGAAUUUGGCGGCACCGUAACUAGAAGGGAGAAUCGAGAAGAUGGUCAAUUUCCUGUUGAAGUUGAUACUAAAUGCCUAUUAUUUAAGGGUUUAGAUAAGGAGCAAAUGGUACUGUUGACACACGGGGAUAGCAUAGACAGAGUGGCUGACUCUUUUCGUACCACUGCCAGAUCGUCAACUGGUUUCGUAGCUGGAAUAGCAAGCGAUAAAAUGAACUUAUACGGCGUGCAGUUUCAUCCGGAAGUAGAUUUAACACCGAAUGGAAAAUCGAUGUUACAUAACUUUUUAUUCGGUAUUGCUGGCCUUACGGGUAAUUACACGCUCCGCGAUCGAGAGGCACAAUGUAUUCAAUAUAUCAGAAACACUGUAGGCGAUAAAAAGGUUUUGUUAUUGGUGAGCGGAGGUGUGGACUCGUCAGUGUGCGCAGCUCUGUUACAAAAAGCAUUGAGCAAGGAGCAAGUUAUAGCGCUUCACAUUAAUAAUGGUUUUAUGCGCAAAGGAGAAACACAAUUUGUGGAACAGAGUUUAGCUCAACUGUGUGUCACGUUGAGAGUGGUAAACGCCGGCCGCUAUUUCAUGCAAGGCACGACGACAGUUCCGUUGGACAAUGUCACGCCCAUGAUAAACACUAACGUCACAAAUAACAAGGGAAUAUGCGGCACAGCGAGUAGCCCAAGAACCAGAUUAACUAAAAUGCUGUGCGAAACUACUAACCCAGAGGAGAAACGAAAAAUCAUAGGGGACGUUUUCGUGAGGGUCGCGAACGAGGCGAUGGCGGAAAUGGGAUUAAAGCCGGAAGAUGUGUUUCUUGGUCAAGGCACUCUCAGGCCCGAUCUUAUAGAAAGCGCAAGCACCUUAGUCAGUGGCAAAGCAGAUGCCAUUAAAACACAUCACAACGACAGCGAGCUUGUACGAGUACUGCGUGUAAAAGGCCAUGUAGUUGAACCGUUGAAAGAUUUUCAUAAGGACGAGGUGCGGCAGCUGGGAUGCGACCUUGGAUUACCAGCAACACUCGUCACGCGUCAUCCGUUUCCCGGACCCGGUCUCGCGGUGCGAAUCCUUUGCGCGGACGAACCUUACAUAGAAAAGGAUUUCUCUGAAACACAAGUCAUAGUAAAAAUAAUGGCGGAGUACGAACAGAUGCUGCAGAAAAAGCAUGCGUUGUUGAAUCGCGUGGAAGGCGCUACGACUGAAAGCGAACGUCAACAACUUCGAAGAGUCUCGAGUCAUCGUCACAUUGCUGCAACUCUCUUACCUAUUCGUAGUGUGGGAGUUCAGGGCGAUCGGAGAACUUACAGUUACGUUGUAGGAUUAUCUUGCGAGGAAACUGUUACUGAAGGAAUAGAAUGGGAAGACAUGCUAUUCUUAGCGAAAUUAAUUCCACGCGUUUGCCACAACGUCAAUCGUAUAUGCUACAUUUUCGGACCGCAGCUCCACCAUCCAAUACAGGAUAUUACACCUACCUAUCUCACAUCGAAUGUGAUAGCGACUCUGCGACAGGCGGACCACUUAGCUAAUCAAGUAUUGGCUUCAAACGGCUGCAUGGGCGCCGUCAGCCAGAUGCCUGUUGUUCUAAUACCAAUACACUUUGAUCGCGACGCGGCGUGUCGAACGUUAUCAUGUCAACGUUCCGUUGUGCUCAGGCCAUUCUGCACUAAUGAUUUCAUGACCGGCACACCCGCCAUCCCCGGCAAAGAUCUGCCAUUACAUGUAGUGAAAAAGAUGGUGACGGAAAUAUCCACGGUGCCUGGAAUUUCACGUGUUUUGUAUGACCUAACGUCUAAACCGCCAGGGACAACAGAAUGGGAGUAGUAAACACUCAUCUUGACUUUCUUUCUAUUUUUUUCACCAUCUCUGCGCGCGUAAUGACAUGGAAAAGUGACAAAAUAUAUCUAAAAACACGUAUAUAUACACACACACAUACACACACAUACACAUACACACACACAGAGGAUGUUUCAUGAAGACCGUAUCACCGCUCGUACGCAGGUAGAAGGAGUUAUUCUGAAUCGAAAAGUCCUGAACUAUUUUUUUUAUUACAUAUAAUAAAGGAGUAAUUA